CGGCUCCGGCGGCGGCGCGCCCAAGGAUGCAGACCAUGGACCGGGCCGCGGCGGCUUUUUAUGAGGGGGACGGCAAGGACCUGGACUUCUAUGACUUCGAGCCACUCCCCACUCUGCCAGAAGACGAGGAGAAUGUGUCCCUGGCCGACAUCCUCUCCCUGCGGGACAGCGGCCUGAGUGAGCAGGAGGCCUGGGCCGUGUGCCUGGAGUGCAGCCUGGCGAUGCGGAGCGUUGCCCACUCGGCCAUCUUCCAGACCCUGUGCAUCACGCCUGACACGCUGGCCUUCAACACCAGCGGGAACGUGUGCUUCAUGGAGCAGCUCAGCGAUGACCCUGAGGGAGCUUUUGUGCCCCCAGAGUUCGACGUGACGGGGAACACCUUUGAGGCUCACAUCUACUCUCUGGGGGCCACGCUGAAGGCGGCCCUCGACUACGUGCCGGAGCCCGAGCCCCAGCCCAGGCUGAGCCAGGAGCUGGAGGCGCUGCUGGGCCAGAUGCAGGCGGAGGACCCCGGGGACCGGCCCGACCUCCAGAGCAUCAUCGCGCUGUGCGAGGAGAAGAUGCAGCUCACGUCGUCCUGCCGCCUGUGCCGGAGCCUGUCGGCCGCCGGGAGGAGGGUGCUCUCCAUUGAGUCCUUCGCGGCGUUCCAAGAUGUCAGCGACAUCACCUGGAGGGGGCGACUGGCUCCCAGAAGUGCAGGGCCCAAAAGGCAGCCGGGGGACCAUUCUGCUGACCCCGAGGCCAUGCCUGCCCUGGAAGGCUGGCCCCCAAGUCCCGCCAGAGAAGGCCUGGAGCACCCCGGAACCCCGCCCUCCAAGGCUCUGCUGUCUUCCCCUGUGAAGAAUGGAGAGAGCCCGGGUCAUGAGGGGCUGGCGCCCGAGAGGCUGGCCUGCCUCCUCCUGGAUGCCCAGCGGCCCCCGGCUGACCUGGACAGAGGCUUCCUGGACAGGAGCCGCCUGAGAAAGGUUCGGACGCUCCCCCGGCUCCCGCCUGACGGCCCCGAGUCCGGCGCCCUCUGCCUGUCGCUGACCAGCGUGAAAACCCAGCUGCCCGCAUCGGAAUUUUUCCCUCCAGACCCCAAGAAGGCCUUUCCAGAGGGGAAGCAUGACCUUCCCAGCUUCCAGGCACAGCCUGCAUCCAGACUGUGGCUGGAGCGAGCGCUAGAGCUCCGUCGCGAAGGGGACAAGCGGGUGGGCGGCGGCAGCCCCGCGUGGGAAAGCCCCCCACCUGGUUCCAAGGGCCCUCGAGAUGCGGGUGGAGACCUAGGGACUCCGGAGCCUGACGAGGGGACUGCGGCCGGAGCCGGGGAGCCCGACAGGGCGGCCACUGAGCAGGACGUCUCCCUGCAGGACCUCCUGACCAAGCUGGGCCGGCCCUUCAAGGAGUACGAGCUCUGGGCUCUGUCCCACGCGUGCCUCAGCACCCUGCGGACGCUCGGCCAGCACCCAGCCUACCUGUGUCUGGACUCCGUGCUGGUGGCCGAGGACGGAGCUGUGUGUUUCGGGCCACCUCCUGCCAACGGCGCUUACAACGAGUUCUUCCUGGCUCCCGAGGUCGCAGAGCAGAAGCUGACGACUGAGAAGGCCUCCGUAUACUGUGUGGCCGCGGUCCUAUGGACGGCCGCCAAGUUCAGCGUCCCCCGAGACCGCAAGCUGGCCUUGCCACGCAGGCUCAAGACGCUCCUCCUGCACAUGGCCAGACGCAGCGCCCAGGAGCGGCCUUCUGCCGCGGAGGCCAUCGAGACCUGCAGUGGUUACCUCCUGCAGCGGGGCAUGGACAGCCGUAAGAUCCUGGCCCACCUGAGGGCGCUGACCUGUCGGGUUUACCAGGAAGAGGAGACCAUCGGUCUGCAGCACGCUUUCUCGGUGGUUAAGCUGGACCCCAGCCUGGCGGCUGCACCCCAACCUCACUCAGACCUCGUGUGGCUCACUGGCAAAAGCAGGCUCGAGGCCGUGCAGGGGCCAGUGCCUGGUCAGCCCUCUGGCCUCCGAGGGGCCGAGCUGCUGCCAGAGGCGCUUGCCUCCCCGGACACUCACUCCAGGCCCAUCGUCCCUACUGCGGACGCAGGUGUCUGCAGGGACAGGCCCACCCUGACCUCAGGGCCAGCCGAGCGGCCAGAGGACGGAGGCCAGCUGGACCUGCAGGGUGAUGGGAAGCAGGCCCCUGGCCCGGAGACAGCUGUGCAGCCGGCGCCCAGCCCCUCAGGGCCCCUCAGGGAGUCAGCACCAAGAGGCUCGGCCCAGGGGUGCCCCUGGCCCCCAGCCCCCACCAGCCCACCAGAGGGGCCCUCAAUGCUGCCACCAGAAUCUCCAGCCCCAACCCCGCCCCUGGAGACACAGGUGUCCUCCCAGGAUGGAGGGGCAGAUGAGCCUGUCCCAAUUCGAGCAUCUUCUGUUGGGCUUCUGCCCCAGCCCCCCAGGCCCCCCACAGCGCCCCCCAGCCCUCAUCACCCAGCCGAGCCGCCUAGAAGCAAGACCACCCAGGAGGCAGGCCAGGAACCUGAAGGCCCCCCGUCAGCCCCACAGGGCCCCUCCCCAGCCACAGGGAAUCCAGACAGUCCCGGGGACGCCCCAGGACGCCAGCCCGAGUCGCCCCAGCCAGCAGACCGCAAGCUCUGUCCGUCCGGCGUGGAUGCCCCGCCCCUCCCGGAGGGGGCGGCCUGCCCGUCACUGCAGGAGGCCACGCGCCUCAUCCAGGAAGAGUUUGCCUUCGACGGCUACCUGGACCGCGGGCUGGAGGCUCUGAUCAUGGGGGAGUACAUUUACGCCCUGAAAGACCUCACCUACGCCACGUUCUGCGGGGCCAUAUCAGAGAAGUUCUGCGACCUCUACUGGGGCGAGAAGCUGCUGCAGAACCUCUUCAAGGUGGUGAACGGACGGACGCCGCCCUCGGGGAAUGCUUCCGAAGAGACGGGGUCACAGCCCGAGGACAGCGGGAUCCGCGCUACGAGCAGCUGCUCGCCGUCCAGCAGAAGGGCCUCGCGUCUUAGGUCGGGGAAGGAGAAGCCGGGUGUGGACUCAGACGAGCUCUCUCAGGGCAACUUCGAAGUGGGGUUCCGACCUCAGCAGUCAGUCAAAGCCGGGAGGGACCGGCAGCCGGAGGCCCAGCCGCAGGGCGGGGGCCUGGCCAGGGGCGCCGAGGCUGAGUCCCAGCCCCCCCGGCCCCCCAAGCACGGCCUGGCUGUGAGCCCCGCCCCGGUGGGCAUGCCGAGCUGCAGCCCCGGCUGGUGCAGCGCCUUCUACGAGGCCGACUGUUUCGGCGCGGACGUGCACAGCUACGUGCAGGAGCUGGCCGGACAGAAGGGCCCCAGGGAUCCUGCGGCCAACGCCCAGAGCCCGGCGUGUCCCCUGGAACCUGAGUGCAGGCAGGAGCUGGAGCAGCAGCUCAUGAUCGAGAAGAGGAACUUCCGAAAGACCCUCAAGUUCUACCAGAAGCUCCUACAGAAGGAGAAGCGGAACAAAGGCUCCGAGGUGAAGACCAUGCUGUCCAAGCUGAAAGGGCAGCUGGAGGAGAUGCGGUCCAAGGUGCAGUUCCUCGGGCUGGCCAAGAAGUACCUCCAGGUCGUGUACGCGGAGCAGUGGGGCCUGGAGCCCUGCGCACUGCCCGUGAUCGUGAGCAUCGCGGCUGCCCACUGUGACACGCUGGACUUCAGCCCCCUGGACGAGUCCUCCUCCCUCAUCUUCUACAACGUCAGCAAGCACCCGCGCGGCAGCCGGCAGCCCAAGGCGCGCGUUCUGCAGGCCGGCACCCCGCUGGGUCUCAUGGCCUACCUCUACUCCAGCGGCGCCUUCCUGGAGGGCUACGUGCAGCAGUUCCUGUACACCUUCCGCUACUUCUGCAGCCCCCAGGACUUCCUGCACUUCCUGCUGGACCGCAUCAGCAGCACCCUGUCCAGGGCCCACCAGGAGCCCACCUCCACCUUCACCAAGAUCUACAGGCGGAGCUUCUGCCUCCUGCAGGCCUGGCUGGAGGACUGCUACACCGUGGACUUCGUGAGGAACGCCGGGCUCCUGGGGAGGCUCCAGGACUACCUCUCCUCCCAGAUCCUGCCUCUGGACGGCUCCGCGGAGCACCUGCUGGGCCUGCUGGAGGUGGGCACCGAGCGGCAGGCCGAGGGCGCCCUGCAUGGCACAGACCUGGAGGACCCCAAGGAGGUGGAGGGGGACGCCAGGCCCCUCAACGCCCUGUGUAAGAGGCUCUCGGAGGACGCCGUCUCCCGGAAGAGCUUCCCCUGGCGGCUGUCCCGGGGCAGCGGGCCGGCGCUGCCCCACAAGGAGCGACAGUACAGCAUCGCGUCGGCCCUGCCCAAGCCCUGCUUCCUGGAGGACUUCUACGGGCCCUACACCAAGGCCGGCGAGAAGGGGCCCUACUUCCUCACUGAGUACAGCACCCAGCAGCUCUUCAGCCAGCUGACGCUGCUGCAGCAGGAGCUGUUUCAGAAGUGCCACCCCGUCCACUUCCUAAACUCGCGGGCCCUGGGCGUCACGGACAAAAGUGCAGCGGUCCCCAAGGCCAGCUCUUCUGAGUCUCUGUCGGCAAAAACCUGCAGCUUAUUUCUGCCCAACUACGUCCAGGACAAAUACCUGUUACAGCUUUUAAGAAGCGCAGAUGAUGUCAGCACCUGGGUGGCCGCUGAGAUCGUGACCAGUCACACCUCCAAGCUGCAGGUGAACCUGCUUUCCAAGUUUCUGCUGAUCGCGAAGUCUUGCUACGAGCAGAGGAACUUUGCCACGGCCAUGCAGAUCCUGGGCGGCCUGGAGCACGCGGCUGUGCGACAGUCCCCGGCCUGGAGAAUUCUGCCUGCGAAGAUAGCGGAGGUCAUGGAGGAGCUGAAAGCUGUGGAGGUCUUCCUGAAGAGCGACAGCCUGUGUCUGAUGGAAGGACGGCGCCUUAGGGCCCAGCCCACCCUGCCCUCGGCCCACCUGCUGGCCAUGCACAUCCAGCAGCUGGAGACGGGCGGCUUCACCAUGACCAACGGGGCCCACAGGUGGAGCAAGCUCAGAAACAUCGCCAAGGUGGCGAGCCAGGUCCAUGCGUUCCAGGAGAACCCCUACACGUUCGCCCCUGACCCCAAGCUGCAGUCCCAGCUCAAGCAGAGAAUCGCCCGCUUCAGCGGGGCCGACAUCGCUGUGCUGGCAGCAGACAGCGGGGCGGGCCCCCGGCAGGCGGCCAGCGAGAAGCACUCCCGGAAGAUCCAGGACAAGCUGCGGAGGAUGAGAGCCACGUUCCAGUAGCGGAGACGGCGGGCCGGGGCACGGGGUGCACAUGGGGCAGGCCGGGGGUGGACGGGGACCCCCUGCAGCCCAGGAGGGGCAUCAGACGGAGCAUGGGCUCAGACACGGACCCAGAGAUGGCACCGGGAGGCUGACUGUAAAUUGAAAGAUGUAAGAUGUAAACCAGACCAGGGUGAGUAGGCUCCCCAGGAGCCGAACCCCCGAACGCUCUUUAUGUUUCUCAGAGACAAACAGCUUCCGCCCAGCCUGCCAGCUGCCCAGCCUGCUUCCAGAGCCCCACACCCCCACACCCCUCGGACUGUAACCUGGAUGGUGCCCCCGAGAAGUGUUUGCGUGAGUCUGCCUGUGUCUGCCACGACGGAGGGCCAAGACGGAUCCCUGGUCCCCCUGCUAACGACAGAUUCCCAAGGGUUCUGGAACCUUCCAUGUGAACCCCUGAGGCUUCCGGGGGCUGCAGCCCAGCCCUGGGCUCACAGUUCGCCCCUGCCAGACAUCCUGCCCUCCGCGCCGAGCGCUGGCUGCUCACUCUGUCCUGGGGGGGGGUGGGGGUGCCCAAGCCUCGCAGCCUUCACCCUGGCCAGCCUCCUGCAGCCUGCCAGGGCCUCGCAGCUCCCACCGGCCACUCCCAGUGCCCCACGGCCCCAGUGCCCACCACCCGUCACUGAGAACACGUCCCCAUGGGGCAGGAACCCCUGUGCCAAGGCCCCGCGUCCAAGGGCGCAGGACUCAGACGGCAGCUCCAAAGCCGAGACAGCCUCAGCGGCCUCUGCGACCCCGCCGGGUGGGGGGGGCCUGGGGGUGGUCCUGGAAACCUUCAGCAGCCAUGCAUGUAACACAGACCUGCAGCGCCUCCCACGGCUGGCGGCCGCGGCGCUUUCGGAGAGGAGAGGCGCCUGCCGCCUCAGGGGCACCGGGUGCUCCCCAGGGCUGUUUCCACCAGCCCGCUGGUGUCGGCUUGCCCAGCGCGGGCAGGACGCGCUCGGCCGGCGGCUUGGGGGCCAGGGUGGAUCAUCACACCCCCACAGCAGGGAGGCCUGAGCCCCGGACUGUCCCAGCCACCAGCGUUCUUACGUUGCAAAUCGCUGCAAGACCCAAGAUUCUUCUUUUGAGUUUUAGGAUUAGUGAUUCUUUGGCACAACCAGCUAGUGGUAUUUCAAGGAAAACCAUUACCUGAUAAAAUGCUGAAUUUCUAACGUCA